GUGCCCGCGGCGGGCGGGAGCUGCGGGAGCGGCGGGAGCGGGGCCGGGGCCGGGGCAGGUGCCCACCGGACCCCCCAUGGGGCUGUGAAGGACGGGGGUGGCCGGGCCCCCCCCCAGGGCCCCCCCAGGAGCCCCCCCAACCCGCCGAGACACCCCAUGACCCAGGACAUGGGCACCGAGGGGCACCCGUGGCGCCGGGAGCACCCAGAGACUGCGGCCACCCCAGGGGCCAACCAGGGCUCCAUGGCCCACCAAGGCUCUGAGGACCACCUAGAGACUAAAGCCCACCAGGUCUCCUUGGCCACCCAAGGGUCCCAGGACCAUGUAAAGACUAAGGUCAACCAAGACUCCAUGGCCAACCGAGGCUCUAUGGCCAACAAGGGCUCCAUGGCCCAUCAAGGCUCUGAGGACCAUGUAGAGACUAAGGCCAAGCAAGGCUCCAUGGCCACCCGAAGCUCGCAGGACCACCUGGAGGCCAACGUCAACGACAGCUCCAUGGCCCGGUUAGACUUGAAGGUCUACCCAGGCACCGCAGCCAACCAAGGCUCUAGGGACUAUCUAGAAACCAAGGUCAACCAAGGCCCUACAGCCCGUCCAGACCUGAUGGUCCACCAAGGCUCUGUGGCCAACCAAGCCUCCAAGACCCACAAAGAGCUCAAAGUCCACCAAAGCCCCAUGGCCCAUUUAGACAUGAAGGUCCAUGAAAGCUCAAUGGCCAGCCAAGGCCCCAACACACAUCUAGAGCCCAAGAUCAACCAAGGCCCCACGGCCCAUCUAGUUCUGAAGGUCCAACAAGACCCCACAGCCCACCAAGCCUCCAAGGACCACCUAGAGACCAAGGUCAACCUUAACCCUACGGCCCGUGUAGAGCCCAAGGUCAACCACGGCCCCACGGCACGUCUAGACUUGAAGGUCCACCAAGACUUUGUGUCCACCCGGGGCUCCACAGCCCACCUAGAGCCCAAGUUCCACCAACCCCCCACGUCCAACCGGGCCCCCCCAUCCCAUCGGUGUCCCCGUGUCCCUUCGAGUCCCCACCUGAGCUUGGUGCUGCUGACCUUGGGGUCCCUUCUGCUGCCGGGGGCCUCGGGGGCCGCGCUGGAGUUCGGGGGCGCCCCGGGCCAAUGGGCGCGUUACGGGCGGUGGGCGCCGGGGGCCGGCGGUCAACUGAGCUUCAGCUUGAAGACCAACAUCUCCCGGGCUCUGCUGCUCUACUUGGACGACGGCGGCAACUGCGACUUCCUGGAGCUGCUGGUGGCCGAGGGGCGGCUGCGGCUGCGCUUUGCCAUCGCCUGCGCCGAGCCCGCCACGGUGCAGCCGCCGCCGGUGGUGAGCGACGGGCGCUGGCACAUGGUGCUGCUCACCCGCAACGCCCGCGAGACCGCGCUGGCCGUGGACGGGGACGCGCGCGCCGGCGCCGUGCGCUCCAAGCGCGCCGAGAUGCUGGUGGCCAGUGACCUGUUCGUGGGGGGGAUCCCGCCCGACGUGCGGCUCUCGGCGCUCACCCUCAGCACCGUCAAGUACGAGGCGCCCUUCCGGGGCUGGGUGGCCAACCUGAAGGUGGGCGACGUGCCCGCGGCGCUGCUGGGCGCGCACGGCGUGCGGGGCGAGGGGCAGGAGCGCUGCGCCCGGCACCCACCCUGCGCGCACGGCGGCCGCUGCACCCUGCGCCGCGGGGAGCCCCACUGCGACUGCGCCGGCACCGGCCACCGCGGGCCCUUCUGCGCCGAAGAGGAAGAACCGGCCGUGGAAGGCCCCGCCCACCUGCGAGUCACCGGCCAAGGGCCCGCCGAGGUCACCGAGGGGGGAACCGGCCGCGGCGCCGGCGAGAUCCAGCAGGCGGCGAAAGGCCGGGACGAGUACGUGGCCACCUUCAAAGGCAACGAGUUCUUCUGCUACGACCUGUCGCACAACCCGAUCCAGAGCAGCACGGACGAGCUGACGCUGUCGUUCCGCACGGCGCAGCGCAACGGGCUGCUGCUGCACACGGGCAAAGCGGCCGACUACGUCAACCUCUCGCUCAAGAGCGGCGCCGUGUGGCUCGUCAUCAACCUGGGCUCCGGCGCCUUCGAGGCGCUGGUGGAGCCCGUCAACGGCAAGUUCAACGACAACGACUGGCACGACAUCCGCGUCACCCGCAACCUGCGGCAGCACGCAGGGAUCGGACACGCUAUGGUGACGAUCUCGGUGGACGGGAUCCUGACCACGACGGGCUACACGCAGGAGGAUUACACCAUGUUGGGCUCCGACGACUUCUUCUACGUGGGGGGGUCCCCCAACACCGCCGACCUGCCGGGGUCCCCCGUCAGCAACAACUUCAUGGGCUGCCUCAAGGACGUGAUCUACAAGAACAACGACUUCAAGCUGGAGCUGUCGCGCCUGGCGCAGGAGGGCGACGCGCGGGUGACGCUGCACGGGGCGCUGCUCUUCCGCUGCGAGCCCGUGGCCGCGCCGGAGCCCGUCACCUUCGGCACCCCCCAGGCCUUCCUGGCGCUGCCGCCCUGGCCGCCCGCCCGCACCGGCUCCGUGUCCUUCGACUUCCGCACCACGGAGCCCAACGGGCUGCUGCUGCUGGGGCAGGGGCAGGCGCCGGGGCCCGGCCCCCCCCGCCCGCACUUCCUGGCGCUGGAGCUGCUGGACGGGCACCUCUACCUGCUGCUGGCCAUGGGCGCCGGGGACACGCGCCUGCGCGCCAGCGCCCGCAAGGUCACCGACGGCGAGUGGUGCCACGUGGACGUGCAACGGGACGGGCGCAGGGGCUCGGUGUCGGUGAACAGCCGCCGGACGCCGUUCCUGGCGGGGGGCGACGCGGAGGAGCUGUGGCUGGACGCGGGGCUGUUCCUGGGGGGGGCCCCGCCGGGGUCCCCGCUGCCGCCCGCGCUCUGGGCCGCGCCGCGGGGGGGCUUCGUGGGCUGCGUGCGCGACCUCGCGAUCCACGGCCGCGCGCGCGACCUGCCCGCGCUGGCGGCGGCGCGCCCGCACCCCGGCGUGGCGCCCUCCUGCGUGCGCCAGCCCGCGCGCCACUGCGACAGCGCCCCCUGCCGGCACGGAGGGCUCUGCCGAGAGGGCUGGAACCGCUUCACCUGCGACUGCCUCGGGACCGGCUUCCUGGGACCGCGCUGCGAGACCGAGGCGGCGGUGCUGAGCUACGAUGGCAGCAUGUACCUGAAGAUCCUGGUGCCGGGCACGGCGCAAACCGAGGCCGAGGACGUGUCCCUGCGGUUCAUGUCCCCCCGCGCCUACGGGCUGGUCCUGGCCACCACGUCCCGGCACUCGGCCGAUACCCUGCGCCUGGAGCUGGAUGGAGCCCGCAUGAAGCUCACGGUGAACCUGGACUGUGUGCGCGUGGGCUGCCACCCCAGUAAGUGCGGGACCCCCGGGGGCACCCAGCGCCUGGGUCCCCCGGCCCCUAUAGGGUGA